AGCAGCUGGAAAGCAAUCCAUGGGCUGUGGAUCGACAGCUAUAAGACAGCUCAAGGGCCCUUCUGUUGUUCCAAGGGCCAGGAUGCAGUAGGACCAAGAUGGAUAGGUAGAGGCGACGACGCCAUGAUCCGAUACAUAUACAGCUGUUUCGGCAGGAAGAAAGGGUACGUCAAAAGCAGCGUACUCCAUUUUGCUCAGAACCACCACCAGUACCCAAACUAUGAGAUGGUUCUCCAGGAUAUUGAUUCCAAGAAUUUGGUGCAGUGGCACGAAGAAAUUGUGUACGAGUUGUAUGACAAAGAGGUGUUGCAUUUUGACUGGUAUAUCGAUAUCAACAACAAAAUUCGGGGUUAUAUUGGCCAUGAGAACAGAGAACAUGAGGAAACAAGUGUAUAUUUCAUGUUUGAGAUCAAAAUUGCAUUGGCCAAUUUGUUAAAAGAGCAUGGCUGCCAGGACACCUAUAAAGCCUUUGAGAGAGCAAAUCUCACCAUCAAGAAACAAUAUUUGCCAAACCAUUACAUUCUCCCAGAUCUUGCAAUUGCACGAAACAACGACCCCAGGUUUGUUGUUGAAGUUGGCAACACCGUGGAUUACGAAACAACUCUUCAAAAGCUUUUCACGCUCUUUAACUCAGCAAAGAACCUCAUGUCCACCGGUAUAUUUGUUCAGCUUGAUCCUGUUAUCAUCGAGCCCAGCUAUUUCCAGGGCUUUGACAUAUAUGUUGAGAGAUGGGGGUACUACCACAACAAGUACAAGGACAGUUAUCCCCAAUUCAUGCAUCCCAUAACUGGGGCCAAAUCCCUCGUUACCAAAGAAACCAGCAAAACCAAAAUUGUAAUGCUCGAGCACUGCCUUUUGAUGACUGGCUAUCGAAUUCCUGCUCACGACAACAACAAAACGCUCCGGUUCACUCUUGGAUCGUUGCUUGGAGAGGUGCCAGACACCUUCAACGAGGACUGUGAGUCUGAGCUCAGCAUCAACGACAGCAUCAGCAUUGACCUUGCUCCAUUGGUGAAGAAGUUGGAGGAGUACGUCGACGCUGGUUUAAUCAACCCAAACACCUUUCAGUUGGACAACGAGAAGAAGCCCAAGUGGUUUGACUGGGAGCCCCUAAUGUAGGCCCUCGAACCAGUGUAUAGCAAGC